UUUUGCCCUUGUUUCCCAAUUCUGCUUCCCUUGUCUAGAUGGCACUUCUGUUGACCAUAAGACGGGAAGACGAGUAGAGAGGUUGGUGAGACCUGAGAGUUGACAGAUUAUCAAAGAGCAAGCCCAAAGCUACUCUAACUAACAUGUGUACUGUUGAGCGGUGGUAGGUAAUGAGUAGUAGCAGAUAAAACCCCACUCUGUAAAUGUGGAAGCUCCAUCUUCGACAUCUCUACUGCUUUCUUUCUUUAAGACCAAGAACCAUCAACUCCUCUCCACCGCCUAAUGCUCCAUAUCCAUUCUUCUUUGUCAUCCAUCUAAAACCUUAAUCUUUUUCUUAUUUUAAGCUACUCCCAUUUGUCUUUGCCCAAUUUCUUGCUUUGGAAUCAACUGACUUCGCUGAAUCAUUUAGGAAAAUGGCUCAAGAAGUGGUAAACCCAGAGGAGCAGGUUGUUCUUGGAGAAGAAAUAGGUAAAGUGAGGUUGAUCACAUUGAAUAGGCCGCGUCAGCUAAAUGUUAUUUCAUCCAAAGUGGUUUCUCUGCUAGCAGAUUUCUUGGAGAAAUGGGAGAAAGACGAAAAUGCAGAACUUAUAUUAAUCAAGGGUGCCGGUCGAGCAUUUUCUGCUGGUGGGGAUCUAAAAAUGUUUUAUGAUGGGAGGACGUCAAACGAUUCUUGCCUUGAGGUGGUCUACAGAAUGUACUGGCUUUGUUAUCACAUCCACACAUAUAUGAAAACCCAGGUUGCUCUUGUCCAUGGAAUUUCAAUGGGAGGCGGCGCAUCUUUUGUGGUCCCGAUGAAAUUUUCUGUUGUCACAGAGAAAACUGUUUUUGCAACUCCAGAAGCAAGUAUUGGAUUUCAUACUGAUUGCAGUUUCUCAUACAUUCUUUCCCAUCUCCCUGGGCAUUUGGGGGAAUACUUAGCUUUAACUGGAGCAAGGCUGAAUGGUAAGGAAUUGGUUGUUGCUGGCCUAGCCACUCACUUUGUCCCUUCUGAGAAACUGCCUGAGCUAGAGAAGCAUUUGAUAAGCUUGAACUCUGGUGAUGAGAAAGCAGUCAAAUCUGCGAUUGAAGAAUUCUCUAUGGAUGUUCAGCUUGAUGAAGAAAGUGUUUUAAACAAGCUUUCCAUAAUUGACGAGUGUUUUUCCAAGGAUACUGUGGUAGACAUCAUCAAAUCAUUUGAAGCUGAGGCAACUAAAGAAGGAAAUGGAUGGAUAGGAGCAAUACUGAAAGGGUUGAAAAGAUCUUCUCCUACAGGAUUGAAAAUCACACUCAAAUCGAUUCGUGAAGGACGGAAACAAACAAUUGCUGAAUGUCUUAAGAAAGAAUUCAGAAUAACAAUGAACAUACUUCGAACUGCAAUAUCUGCAGACGUCUAUGAGGGUAUUAGGGCUCUCACCAUUGACAAGGAUAAUGCUCCUAAGUGGGACCCACCAACUUGGAACGAAGUGGAUGAUGAAAAAGUGGACCUUGUAUUUCAGCCAUUCAAAGAGGAUUUGGAGCUCCAAAUUCCUGGAAAAGAAGACUGCAGGUGGAGUGGCAAAUAUGAGAAUUCACCAUACGCAGCGUUAAGUUGACAGAAAAAAAUGAAUCUGAAAUGCCUGCUCAAAAUAAAUUCUAAACUCUGAGGACAUAUGCAUCACAAUGUGGAUCAUUUCAGGCAGUCUACUCCUGUAUUUCUGCUCUAUGUUUUUAAUUACUCAUGUAGGGGGUGGGGGAGUCAAAACUGGGUCUCCUAGGUUUAACAUAUAUGCAGCUACCAGCCCACUGCUGCUGCUUUAUGUUUCUUCUUGUAAUAAUAUUACUCAGACUCAACCAAAAUGUACGACUUUGGCGUGAUAUUUCAUCUUGAUAUUUAUGAUGAGUAUGAUUAUACUA